AUGAAGUCUCAAUCACCCCCUCCCUUGAUUGACUUCACAGUCUACCAACCUCGACCUACCCUUCUCGACGAGCAAGACGCGUACGGCUAUCCGCCUCCCAAUCGGUCAUUCACACCGUACAGGGACGACGAGUCUGACGUUGACGCCGGUUCCGAGGACACACGGUCCGAGGGCGAGAAGGAGGUCGAGAAGCUUCUGAGGGUUGUUCCUAGGGACAGACGGACGCGUGUCAAGGUCAAAUCCAGAAGGAACGAGGCGGUAAGCAAGGAGACGAAGGGAGAGGACGGAGCGGUUCUCAUCACGCUUCCGGACGGUUCGACUAUCGCGUUUCGACCACCCACUUCCAGCUCAUCGGUCGUCCAACCACACGGUACCGGUCCCGUCAGCCUCCAGAAUCCAGUCGUCGCGACAGGCCUCCAGCAAGCGCUAGAAGCAAUCAAGCAGCUGGCUAUUGGUAACGGCAGCUCGACUCAGCCCAAGCCGCUCCCCGUUCCCCCGCAGAAGGCGCUCGAGCCCUCAAAGAAGCGGACCAUCCUCCCGCCCCAGCCGGCGGUCGUCGCUCCCAAGGUUCCCAAGGCGACCAAAGCGCAAGCACCUUGGUGUACUCUACCUCCCAAGCUUAAGCCAACCGCUUCAGCCUUCCAGCCGGCGUCUCGGCCAGCUUUCGUCCACAAGCCAAGCAGGCUCGUCCCUCCCAGCCCCUCCUCAUCCCCUUCGCCACCCCUCUCCAACUUCACCGACCCCCAUCCCCUCAUCUCCUCCAGUCGGACUUCCAGUCCUGCUCGAUCCCCUACCCUCGUCGUCUUCGACAGUCCAGGCGGCGUACCCCGCGACAAGGCCAUCAUCGAGACGGACGCGAGCGAGAUUGAACACUUGUUCAAGGUCGAUAUCAAGCCCAUCCCGUGGAAGAAGGUCGACUUUCCCUACCUCCAGCGAGGAAAGAAGAAGCGGCCCAGCGGACAGGGUGUCGCAGGCGCAGGAGAGGACAAGGCGUACGUUCCGCGUACAGCAACAGAGGUCGUCAAUAAGUUUGACGAGGUCGUCAAGUCCUUCGGCGCAGAUCCAAAGCGUCCGCAUCCUCCUUCCCUCCUGACACCCGCAGCCCUCGACAAGCAAGUACAAGGUAUCCUUGCCAAGUACGGCGCUGGCGCGGUAGAGCAGAAGCGGACCCCACUCGCCCCGAAAUCCCUCAACCCCUCUGCCAGCAGCUGGAACCCCUCAGCCGCCCCCUUCCACCCAAAACCUUCCCGUCCAUCCAAGCUCAUCGACUACGACGCUGAUCCUACCCCUCUCCGCGACUACGCAGCCCGUCGCUCGCGUCUCAAACCCUCCCCGGUCAUCACCGACGAGAUCUACGUCCCCGAGACGACCCUGGGCGACGCAAAGCUAUACAGCUACAAAGGCGAGAUGAAUGGAACGGCGACGUACGACUGGAAUGGCGUCCAGGAUGUCAACUCGUACUUUGACGAGCGGGAUAGGUUGGAGAAGAGGAAUGAGCCGCCGGUAGAGGCAUACCCAACGUCUAUUCUGGUAGACGUUAGCGAGUUUGCCGAGACCAUAAACACUUCUCGGCCCAAGGUGGCGUAUGAUGUCUUGCCGGUGAACCCAUAUGACCGGUUAUUGUCGCUUCCUUCUGCGCGGGCGUCAGUGCCGAGGCAUUUGUGCUUUACGGACGAUGGCCUCCAGCAGUCCAUCAUGCGGUCUUGGAUCGCGGCGGAGCCGACGGACGAUCAAAAGCGAUAUGUCAAGCAGCUGGCGGCGAGGCUGACAAGGAUGGUGGAUCAGGAAUGGGGACGGGGCGGUGGGGCGAGAGAUGAGCGCUUCAGCGUGGACGUAUUUGGGAGUGUCAGCUGGGGAGGCGAGACCGACCACCCGGCGCUCUGGGAUCCAGAUGCAGACGAGCCGCAGACCCGCCGACCUGGCCGGCCUCGGGUGAACAUAUACCGCGCGGACCUCUCGCCGGUGUAUGACCUGCACAAUGUCGUCGUACUGCUUCGCCGGAGGGGCUUUGAAGACGUUCACGGUAUCUACGGCGCUAGUACGCCUAUCGUCAAGUUCAAAGAUCCCACUCGGCCCGGUGUCGAGGCGGACAUGAACGUCAACGAUCUGGGUGGAUGGUACAACUCUCGGCUCAUCCUCGCCUACUGCGAAAUAUCACCUCACGUCCUCCGACCCCUCAUCCACUGCCUCAAACUCUGGUCAAAAGCCAAUCACGUCAACGAUCCUUCGGGUAAGGACGGCAUGCCCACCAUGUCGUCCUACUGCCUUACCCUCAUGGCGAUUGGGUACCUCCAGCAUCGUGGUAUCCUCCCCAACCUCCAAGAGGACGUCGAGGUCCGCGUCCCCGACUACCCCGAGACAGAAGGCAAGGACGUCAUUUGGGCAGCAUGGGGCAAGCCCUCCGGUCUCAAAAUCAACGUCGGGUUCUCGGACAAGGCGCCAACGGACUGGGAACCGUCCACCAAGCUCACCGUAUCGGAGGCGGUCCGCGGCUUCUUUUCGCAUUUCGCCAGGACGGGAUCGGGGCGGGCGUUCCAGUACAAUACCCAAGUGGUGUCUAUCCUGAAUGGGGGCAUUAUCAAUCGGGCCAAGCCGCAAGGGCAGGAAACGCAGGAGGCGCAGGCGAGGAAGGCGGCAGGAAUACCGGCGCCGACGAAGGAGGAGAUGAUUGCGAGGGAGACAUAUAUGGGCAGGGGGGAUCAGGGGAUACAGCCGAGGAAUUGGAGCGAGAGGAGACUGGUGGUGCAGGACCCGUUCAUCUGGCAGAAGGCGAGCUGCUCCUCUCCUAACUGUACCCAGUCCAUGUCGAAGCUGGGAUUGGAUAGGUGGAUGAACGCUGUCGACAGAGCACACACCAUCCUCGUACGAUACGGCAACGACUGUACCAUCGAUACACUCCUCACAAACUGUCUCCCACCUCCAGCACCCGGUCCACCCCGUCCGCCGGGUCAAGGGUCCGAUCAGCAGAAUCGGCAAUCCCGCGACGCAAUGUAUCGGACCGGUACCAGACGGAGUGGAGGAACAGGCGUGGCGAGGCCGAUGCAGAUGAGGACGCCAUUAAACGGCCGGUCCCUCUUCUCUCCUUGA